AAUUUUUUGGUGGACUUCCCUUGCACUCCAGCCCAAUUCCUAAAAGAACCAAUAAGGAUGGCCCUUAAUUUCCCUACCUGAAAUACCCCUUUUGAAACCCCGCUGAUCAAAAAAAAGAAAUAAACUCUCCCCUCUUCUCCUCCCUUAACCGCCUCUGGUGCGUGUUUUGUGAUUCCGACGUCGUCGAGGCCAGCGGCUCUUUCGCGUGUCACCAUCCGACUCCUCCCUCCGUCUGACUCCUCCCUCCGUCACCGUCUUCGCUUCCUCCGACUUCUCCUCAAACUCCUCCCUUCGACUCGUCCUCCGACUCCAAAUACGUCUUCAUCGUCUUGUAAUGGGGCGAAAAGUAGUUCGAGGAAAAGGGAAAGCAAAGCUGUUAGAUUCCAUAAGUGAUGAAGAAGAUAUAGAAGAACAAACAAGUGAUGAGGAAGUAUCUAAAGGAAUUAUAGAAGCUGACACAAUCUCAAAUCCGCCAAAGAAGUUAAAGACGAAAAAAUUGGCGGGAAGAAAACCAAUUGAAGUUACUUCAUCUUCUGUCCCAAAGGCUUCACAUGAAAGACAUGCUCAAUCUCAAUAUGACCUUCGGGUUAGAUCACCAAAAAAUCAAGGAAUCAACAUAGAACAAGCUGUUCCUCGGUCACAACCUCUUAGAAAGAGACCAAGAAUUGUGGUUGAGACUCAAGAGACACAAGCGACUGAAGAGUCACAACACAUCGCUUUUAAUAGAUGUAACAUGCAAGCGAUGAUUAGAUUAAUGAAAGGGUUUCCUAUCACUCCUGCGCUCAAGGAUUCGCUGAAAAAAAACACCUUUUUGGCAUUUGAUCAAUGCAUUUAUUGAGGAGAAGGUGAAGAGUGAACAUUGUAGAAAGUUCGAUGAGGUGGUUGUUAAAAUUGUAGAGUCGUAUGAUGCAAAUACAAGAACAUUUACAUUGGGAAACAAACAUGUCAAGCUCGAAAGGGAAGAUGUGAAGUUGAUUUUUGGGAUUUCAUGUGGAAAUGAGGAGAUAAACCAAGGUUAUUAUAAGAAAGAAGAUGUACAGUUAGCGGUCAAGUGGAAAAUAAAGCAGAAAAAGUUGGAUACCUCAAUAAUCAAGAAGCUUUUAAAAGAAAAGCAAAACAGCAAGUUGGA